UAAAAUUGUCAUUGUCAAAUUAAGGCAAAGGCAAAGGUUUUUUGCAAUACGUUUUGCUGUAGUCUUUAAUUAUUUUAUGUUAAAAACGGAUAUAUUUGGUCUUCCUAUUCUUUAUCAAAGACAAGAUAAAUAAUGUUCUUAAAGCUCUAAAAAAUCCGAAUUUAUUUAUCUCAUAGCAUUGCUUCUGAACAUUAUUGUUUGUAGACUUUGUAACUGUGUGAGGCCAAUAGGAAAUAUUUAAAGAUGUUUAUUGUGGGGCUUACUGGAGGGCUCGCAACAGGCAAAAGUACAGUGCUAUCAAUAUUUCGUGACAAUGGUAUAGCGGUAAUAGACGCCGAUGACAUUGCCAGAAAAGUUCUAGAACCAGGAACAAAAGCUUGGAAGGAGUUAAAGGAAUAUUUUGGAGAUGAAGUGUUACUGGCUGAUAGAAAAGUGAACAGAGUAAGACUAGGAGAGCUUGUGUUUGACGACAUUGAAAAGAGACGUAAACUAAAUGCCAUCACUCACCCAAGGAUCCAAAGCGCAAUGAUGAAAAUGGCAAUAGCAUAUUUCUUCUCAGGACAUAAUUAUAUUGUAAUGGAAGUUCCACUAUUGUUUGAAACUGGAAAAAUGUUAACUUUCAUGCACAAAAUCAUUACUGUUGUAUGUGAAGACCAUCAGCAACUAAAACGGUUGUGCAAACGCAAUGACUUUUCUUUAACUGUGGCCAAGAAAAGAAUAGACUGUCAAAUGCCAUUGGAACACAAAGUAGCCAAUUCACAUUUUGUUGUUGACAACUCUGGUGAAAUUUCUAACACAAGACAUCAAACAGAAUGCAUCAUACGAACCUUAAAAAGAUCAAAGUUUACUUGGUACUUUAGAUCAAUAAUAUUAAUAACAUUAAUGUCAUUGAUUUUUGGAAUAACACAUCUCAUGGGCAUUAUGAGUAACUCGAAUUAGUAAAAUGAUAGUUUAUUGACACAAAAUAGUAAGUAUCAAUUAUUUUACUGAUAUGAUUUCUACACUAUAUUAACAUUGUACAAUAGUUCAUAGGAGUCUCAUGAAUAAAUUUGAAUACAUAUACUUGUCAUUACAUGAUAAUGAUCACUUAGGCACAUUGAAAUAUAAUAUUAUAAAAAAUAUGACUAUUGUGGUUCUCCAAAGCAAAUUUACAUAAUUAUGUAUAUAAGUACCUAAUACUUACCUAUUACUUGCAUCAUGUUCUGCUGAUAUUGUAUUGUACCUACUGACACAUUUUAUCAGAUGAAAAAAAUUGAAUAAGUUGGUUAAGUGUGCCACACAGGGAUAAGUGUGUCUGGAAUAUUUACUUGUCAGGUGUUUUUACACAUUUAAGCAGUAAAUGUGCAAAAUAGUGAUAAUUGUUUAAACAGGCCAAAUAUAAAGGCCAUACACACUGCUCUGUAUGCUAUGUUUACCUAAAGGUAUUGGCACCUAAAUAAAAACAAGUCUAUUUGUUUUCUCGGUCUUGGGUUUACAGUUACAAUCGUUAUUUGUUUAAGGGGGCAAAGUUGUUGUUUUGACCGCACGUGCCAAUAUUGAUACCUGAGCAAGUGAAAGAUUCCAAUAUUGAACCGCGAGCGUAGCAAGUGGUUCAAAAAGUGGAAUCUUGAGCA